UGCGUUCGGCAAUGUAAAUCUGAGAUGCGAGCUAGCAGAUGACGAGCUUGAUCACGUGAUCUUCGAGCAAUCCGAAUGCCAAGAAUUAAUUCCGAACACUAUAGAGCUGCAAACUAUCUUUUAAGCCAUUGAAUGCACCCACUGUAGCCAACGUAACGAGUUCCACCACACUGCCGUGAUUCUUGCCAGAUUGAUCGUGCAACGUCCCGCAGUUUGAAAUAGAGAGAAAGGAACUAAGGAAGGGAGAAGAGAAUAGUACGAGAGAAACCGGACAAUUUAGUGGACUGACGACGACGCAGCGAGUGGCUUGGGUUGUGUGGACGGCAAUUCGUCUCCCCGGUAUAGUAGCGUUUACAGGACAAGGAGAGCGAGUAGCAUUGUGAGGAGGCGAUCGCACCCGCGACUCGCGAGUGUGGCGGCCGGCUGGCUGGCACGUUCUCGUCGUCGUCGUUGUUGUCAUCGUCAUCGUCAUCGUGAUAAUCGCAUUCCGUUGUCGUCCACUUGUCUCGUUACGCGUCUAGUUGAGCAAGGACGCAUACAGCGGACCUGAGUGGACCACGCGACUGAGCGGAACGGGCGAGAGCGGACCCAACGAGCGGAGCGACUCGGCCACAGCUACGACGAGCCUGUCACGAUGAGUUUUCUAUUUGGGAGUAGGUCUUCCAAGACUUUUAAACCAAAGAAAAACAUCCCGGAGGGUACUCAUCAAUAUGACCUGAUGAAACAUGCCGCUGCUACAUUAGGCUCCGGUAAUCUACGAUUGGCCGUAAUGCUUCCUGAAGGAGAGGAUUUGAAUGAAUGGGUCGCUGUUAAUACUGUUGAUUUUUUCAAUCAAAUCAACAUGUUGUACGGCACCAUCACAGAAUUCUGUACGGAGGAGAGUUGUCCAAUCAUGUCAGCCGGACCGAAAUAUGAAUAUCACUGGGCCGAUGGUCACACAGUGAAAAAGCCUAUCAAAUGUUCAGCACCCAAAUACAUAGACUACUUAAUGACCUGGGUGCAGGAUCAAUUGGACGACGAGACUCUAUUUCCAUCCAAAAUCGGAGUUCCUUUCCCUAAGAAUUUCUUAUCUAUUGCAAAAACUAUUCUGAAGCGGUUAUUCAGAGUAUAUGCUCACAUUUAUCAUCAGCAUUUUAGUGAAGUUGUGCAGCUCGGUGAAGAGGCGCAUUUAAAUACAUCGUUCAAACAUUUCAUAUUCUUUGUUCAGGAAUUUAAUUUGAUCGAGAGAAGAGAAUUGGCACCUUUGCAAGAGCUAAUAGAGAAAUUGACGGCGAAAGACGCGCGAUGAGUCUACUAUCUACGAGCCACUCGUCCUCUCGAAACUUUUCCAAAGAAUCUCUCAACCAUGCUAUCUUCGCUAACCCACACAUAUUACAUUAUUUAAACUGAUCUAUUAAUUGCUAACUCCACGAUCUGCCUCUGUUUCAAAGAAUUGGCAAAGAUGGCAAAAACAUGCCGCCGCUUCGAAAAUAUAUAAGCGAUUGAUAACAGGAGAAAAUACCUACAGUGUUCGCUCUGAAACAUUCUUCUCUGACGGCGCAUAGAUAUAGUCUGUAUACUCAUUAUGUGCACACUUAUAAAAAGAGAGAGAAAAAUUUAUCGAGUGGAUAAAGACAACAAGACGGAAGUUAUAAGAUGGCGUGAUCGACUUUGUAACUCAGUUUUUUCCAAACGUUCUCCAAGCACGUUUCAAUCGUAAUUCAUCAAUCACACUGCUGAUACACGAAGGAGAGAUAUGUAAGUACGAAGUGCACAUUUCGAGGAAAAAACGAAUUCGAAAAUUCUAGGUACACGCGUCUCUGUUUCACAAACAAACAAGAUUAAUCGUAAUGCUCGUGGGUAUUCUGCAAUUUUGUUAUUAUAUGCUGCUCUACUGUCAGGUGUAAAAAUACUGUCGCUAUUAUAUAACUGUAGAAAUUACCGAUGCUUCGUAUGGCUAUGUACAAAUGCGAUGGCAUAUUGUGAAUUUCGUAUGGUUACUUUUACGUUUAGGGAUAGUUUUGUAAACAAUUAUUUCCUAUCAUUUCUCGGAUUAGUAUCCCUUAUCGUAAUAUUUUUUAUCGAGAAAUUACACAUUGUUGGUAUAAUAACA